AUGGGCAGAGCGCGUAGCUUAAGUCGAAGGCGCGCACAGAGCGGCGCAUCGGGAACUUCUAGGAACGAAUAUUGGCAGCCCCCGCCACUGACCACCAGUGAGCGUGCUUACAUGAUCCGCAAGGCUAAGGAGGCAUCUGUGGCGCUUGUCGAUCAUGCGCACACAUUGGACGGUCCUGUGCAAUGGCACUAUACAGGAAAGUUUCGCGGCAUUCAGAUGUACCGUGGAGAAGGAAGUUAUGACAAUAUGGGCGCGACCGGCACUGAAUACUUAUGCGGAGUGACGACUAUGAUAGGUUCCAUCGAGGAAGUGGCUGGCUACUUCGAUCAGCAAACUACAGAGGACAUGGUAGCCAAAAAGGCGGAAGACGUUUUAGAUUGCGGCGUGCUCUACUCUCUAGUGUACGGUGACCCCAAAAAUUUGUUCUACCGGGUGUCAGCUAAGUAUCUGUUGUAUGAGGGUCCUUCAGCUUUUUCUCGUGAUCGCGACUACUGUUUUCUUGAGUGCCAAAACACGUUCCGACAUGCGUCAGGACGCAGAGGGUGGGUGCUUAGUAUGCACUCGAUUAAGCUGCCGAGUUGUCCUGAAGUGGAAGGUGUAGUGAGAGGAAGUAUGUAUCAGUCUGGUUACGUGUUUGUCGAAGCCGAGAAGGAUGGAUACAUGGAUGUGAUGCACAGCUUACAAAUCAACUUCAAAAGCUCCAGUCGAUUGCCACAUUUCUUGCUUAACUCUACUUUAAAACAGCGCAUUUCUUCUGUAGUGACUAUUAGCCGACACAUUCAGACCUCGAGAAUGGGACGACAGACGUUACUAAGAAAAGAAGAUUUGAUGCCGAAGCGAGCAAGAGCUUUGUGCGCCAAUUGUUCGCGCAAAUUUUCGCUCUUUGUACGUAAGACGCGAUGCCGCGUGUGCGGGGAAGUCGUGUGUCACCCGUGCGCACCACAGGUCCUGAUUUCUACUGCACGCGGACCAGCAAAAACGCGCGUGUGUACUAAGUGCUAUAACACAUCUCGUGGUGAGGAAUACGAGCCCGAAAUAAAUUCGAGACGUUUGCAAAACAACACGCGGUAUUCGGAUAUUUUGCAAGACCAUGACGAGCACCUAAAUUUGUAUCAUGGAGAAGAUGAGGGCAGCAUGAAUGAAGAUGGCGGCGAGGAUGGACUUGAAGAACAAUCAGACUACAGUGUGUUUGCCCAGUCUCGAUUUACAGACGCCAGUCGCGAUUCUAUGGUCCCUAGUCACUUCAAUGCCUCGAAAUAUCACUUUGAUUCGCAAUUUGAUGGUUCCAGCCAGUUCGACGCUUCUAGUGAAAUGGAUGAAAGUCAAUAUUACGAUGGCGGCUCCAGCGAAAGCAGCUAUAUUAGUGGCGUCAGUGGUACGAGCUCUUCCGAUUGGGAAGGUGACAGCACCACGGCUAGCAAGGCUGCGUGGCAUCGCGCUAAACCCACGUACUAUAAUCACGAUUCGCAGGCUUUCGUUCCAGUGGGCAGCGAUAUGUACGGGUCAAAGAACCAUAGGAAGGAGAAUAGCGCUAGCCAUGCCGAUCGUCGGAAGCAAUGGUACAAUGCAGCCCCCAUUUUAGAGGACGAACCUUCCAGUCACAGUGGCCACGAUGGCAGGUUAGAGGCGCAUUACGGCGAUUACAGUUCUACUCAGAGCACCAACUACAACUCGAGUCAAGUUUCGGAUUUUAAAGCCUCAGGAAGCUCUUACAGUGGAAAUGAAUUUAAAGCAACGAAGGAAUUCAUGUCAUCUCAAGGAAGUCACAGUAGUUCUAGUCAAGGUAGUCAAUAUUCAAACUCUAGCCAAGGUAGCAAGACUGUAUCGAUACAAAGUCUUGCAAAGGCGCACUCGGCACGCUAUGGGGUAAAAAGUCAAUUUCCGCCUCCACCUCCCCCGCCAUUAUCAUCACCAAUGGAAAAUGGGGAUGAAAACAAUUUUUCUUCGCGUCUCCACACUUUGGGGUCGGAAAAGUCUAAUAGCAGAAAUCCAAAAGGCAUCACUGCGCGAAAAAUGUUCACCCCUCCGCCAUCCAGAAUUUCUCGGUCGUCAAAUCGUGUUUCUCAGAAGUCCCAAACGAAGGCUUCUAGCGUCGCAAAGACCAACAGAGACUCGAUUGGUUCUUAUACAAGCUCACAAGACUCUACGCGAAACAAUAUCCGAUCUUCUGCGAUUUUGGAACAAAUGCGCCGCAACCGCGUUCGGACGCUUCAAUAUACGCCUGAUAGCGAACGACCGUCUUUAGUCUCAGAGUGUGUAGAACAGGAUCAUCAUAAUAGAAUGCGCGAGAUCGAGAAAAUCAAGGAACAGGCCACUGAUAAGGCAAUUCGGCGAUCCAUGGCGAGUCAUGCCUCGUCAAAACGAGGUGUGCAGAGUGAUCGUGGUAGUCGUGCCAUCCAAAAAGAUCCACAGCAGACCCGCCUAAGCACUCGUCGAUCACGCGCAGUCUCCCGUACCUCUUCCGUCCUCCCGCCUGGUUCACCGCCCGGAACUCCACCUAGCAUGCGUAACCGUCCAUUACCUCUGCCGAACUCUUUGCUCAACCGCCAAGCCGACCGCUCGUCACGUGAAAAUCUCUCGCAAUCCACGGCUCCGAGCAUCAACAUUGCCGAUAGACAUGUUACCUCAAACCCGCCGGAUGUCACUGACAGUGGGGAUUCUAAAUUAGGGGCUUUAAUAAGUGUGGCGCAUUCAGCGCAGGGUGACAGACUCACAUCUAAAUCACACUCGUCAAGUAGACAAUCACGUUUGUCUCAGGCUUCAAAUGUCGCGAGCACACGUAAUAGCAAACGUUUAGGCGCGUCUCAAGGCCCCAGUAUUCCAAGAUCUAGCCACCGAGGCAAUCUUGCUUUUGACUUAUCGCAGCUCUCGGUGAAUAAAUUCAAAUUUUCGAGUAGUACUGCCAUUUUAGAGAAUCCUAGCGAAUCCCCACAUGAUAUCACAAUGAUGGAAAGACCAAGUUUACAAAGCAGUUUAGGCGACUCUCUUCUGGAUGAGGAGGUUUUAACCCACUCGUCAGGCUUGGCGGAACACAUAAAGUCGAUGAGAGCAAGAGCACGUGCUGCAAACAAACUCCCGGACGAAGAAAACCGUGAAUUGGUAGAACUGCAGAUGAGGCAGGAAGAGCAUCGCAAGCGAAUGGACGAACUAUCAAAGCUAGCAGCCAAUCAUGAUGAGAACGACAGCGAACGAGACAGUACAUCAACGUAUGUCGGCCUUCAUGAUAGCUCCAUCAGCCUCACGGAGUAUUCAAAUAAUGAGUUUGGUACCAGGUCUAAUAGCUUUGCCAGCUCUGCCAGUUCUGUCGAUAUUGAUGAUGAAGACUUUGACUUCGAAAACCGACCUCCUAGGCGUAUCAAGCGAAGCGGCACAUUCCCAUUUGCGCUGGAGGAAAUGGAGCAAAGACCGGGCACAAAAAGUGAUGACGACGAGCAGCGUGAAAGCCUCAAUGGAUCCGACGCCUCAUUUUGCAAGCGCGAAGAGGUCGCGCGUACAGCCGAUCUAUCUUGCAGCUCAAUUAAUGAUUUGGAGCAAGAGGAUGAGCCAGACAAUAUGACAAUUCACCCUAGUGAGCACGAUUUUGUCGAGGUGAACGCAUCUGAAGUCCUGUCAUCACGUUCAGAUGUGACUGUCAUACAAGAGUAUAACGACAAAUCUCAUUUGCCACGCCAGACAAAUGAGUCUGAUUUUUAUAAAGACGAAGUGGAUACUUUAGCGUUUCGACCGAGCGAGAAAUCGGCAGAAGAUGAGGACCGACCGAUGGACUCUCUAAUGAAUCCUUCUCGUCAUUCAACCAAAGAGCUUAAAGAAAUGUCACAGCACUUUGAGAGCGACAAAUACGUGUGUCAUACGGGAAACUUUGCCAAUAAUACCACAACUCCAUCACGUCGUUUGAGUAAGGACGAGCAAGAUGAGUAUGCUGAAGUUUCGCGUAACUCAAGUAAGAGUUCCUUAGAUCAUGAAUACGAGGGUAUACCGAGAGAUGCAUCGCCCCGCUCGAGUGAGCUGUCAACAAACUCUACCCUGGAGCGGAAAAGUGGAUAUGAUUCACCACCAAGACGCCAGAGCAGUGAAUUUGCUGAGCCUGAAAGUAGUUAUUUGGUUUUCGCAGACCAAUCAAGCGUGGAAUCAGCGAGCGACUUCAUCGGGGAAAAGCUAGACCACCACUUCGGUCCAAUUUCGUCCAACUCUUCCAAUGAGGGUCACAGAAAUGGAUACAAAACUCCACGUCGCCAAAGUAUGGAGUCGCGAGGGAGUGGUCUAAGUACGCCCCCUCGUCGCUCGAGCGUGAGAACCUCAUCUGGUUGUGAAAGCGAGGAUCACUUAGAGAUUGAACCGGAGCGCAAUAGCUACUUAAGCGUCGAUCAAACCAGUGGACUCACUACACCACCACACCGUCAAAGCGAGCAAGCAUUAGGUUAUGAUUACGAGAUCGAGUAUAGGAAGUCGGACCAGCGCUUAAGCGAGACAUCGAAUGAACACGGGCCCAUUCGGCGACUCACUUUAUCGCGUCGCUCAAGCAAAGAUUAUCGGAAUUCCCAACGGCUCCGUCUUAGUGAAAAGUCUCUAGAGCAAAACGAAGCUCGCCGUUCAAGUGCGCACGAGUCUAUCCAAUCCGUGUACAGAUCGAGUGAAGAAUCGCUGAAGCACGAAAGUGAGUGUGAAUCGGUAUCGAGCUCUGAUUUGGAACCAGAAGAUGCAGACUCCAUGAUCCGCGCAAGCGAACAGCAAGCUGAUCAUGAGACAAGUGGAUCUAAGUUUCAGCUGCUCACCUCCAAGCUUAUUCCGGAUGGGGGCGACAGUGGAGUAGAAGCGAUUUCCAGAAAAAGCUAUAAUUCUUUUCUUAAAAGUAAGCAGCUUGCUCAGGUGAAUGAACUUGAAGAAGAUACACGCUCACCGCGCGACACGUCAGACCUUCACGAGAGUUUCGGUAAGGAUCAGACAAAGUCGUUAGUUUUCAAAAGCAGCGAGAUUUCCGAGCGAUUGGCUUCUUCACGCGAUUCAAAUGUGUCCUCUUUGGACGAGGAAUUAAUGAAUCGCCCAACGAUCGAGCUAUUUGACAUAAUUCACGCCAAUCGACCUAGUAACAGCGCUAAUAAACAAGAUCCCUCGGACACAAUGCACAAGCUCGAAGCGAGCCAUUUACGUCGUAUGGAGGAGUUGAACCGAAUCGCUCUGGACCAAUUAGGUGACCGCCUGUCCAACUUUAAUGAAAGUAUGCUCGGCAGCGCGUUUCAACCGGGUCGAUCUAUGUAUCCUGGGUAUCGCACCGAGGGUGAUGAAAUUCAGUGGCGCUCCUCAAGUAUCAUGCAAGAAGUCCAGUCUAAGCACCAGGUGGACAUGGAAAAAUUACGCCGCAGGAUCCGCCAGUUGGAGGAGGAGUGUCGUGAGUCGAUUGCAUCUGUAUUGACUCCUGAGGAAAUGGAUUUGUCCGAGCUUGACAGUGACGAUGACGACGUCAGGCCUUACGGUGGGCGAAGAAGCUUUAAUCCUCAAUCUUCUUUCAUGUGCGCUAGCGACUUAAGCGCGUCAACGAUCUCUGAGCACGCUUCAGAUGAUGGUUCAGAGCAUCAUCAGCCUCUACCCGCCCGAAUUCUAUUUGAGAGGAUCGCACAGCUGACACAAUUGCAACGCGCUAUGGCUGAAGCCGAGGGUGACAGUGACGACGAAAAGCAUCACGAUCGCAUUAAAGAGCAGUAUCGUAUGCUGCGCUCUAUUAAAGCCAGUAGUGCUCGGCAGGAGCGCGAAUCGCUCAGCAGCGAGCCGCUCAGUGAAGAGAAUUGGAUUUGA